UUGAUUUUGUAGGUUGCAUUUGAAUUGAUAUGUGAAGUGCAGCUCUCCAACUUUCCUAUGCUGAAAGAAAAAUGGCAUGGCCAAUUUCCAUUCAAGAACUUGAAGCACUUACGAAAGUUAGUGGUGGACGAUUGUGCUUUUUUCUCAAAUGCCGUAUCCUCAAAUCUACUAAAGUACUUGUUCUUGUCAAAUCAGCCGGUUAUUUCCUAUCCAAAAAGCAAAAAUGAGCUGGUUGUAGAAAGAUGCGAUUCUGUAGAAGAGCUGUUUGAUUUGGAAGGGCUAAAUGCUGACGAAGGUGAUGUUGGGUUAUUGAAGUAUUUAAAUGAAUUGAGGUUAAUUGAUUUGCCUAGAUUGAGGCAUGUGUGGAACGAUGAUCCUCAAGGAAUUUUGAGCUUUAAAAACCUAAAGUUGUUGCAAGUUCAGAAUUGUAGCAGCUUGACUAAUAUAUUUACUCUGUCCAUGGCUUCGGGUCUUGUAAAUCUCCAACAUAUGGAAUUAAAAAGAUGUUGUUUGGUGGAACAUAUCAUCACAAAAGAAGCAGAAGAGGAAAUAGCGAAAGAUAAGAUCAUGUUUCCAUCAAUGAAGUCCAUAAGUAUCGAGUGUUUGCCUAACUUGUCAAGUUUUUAUUCUGCAAGGGAUUUUCUGAAAUGCCCAUCCCUGAAAAGAAUUGAUGUGGUUGGCUGUCCAAACAUGGAAUUAUUAGCUUCAAAAUUUGGUGAGGAACAAGAUCUAAGCAUGAUUGCUGAGGGAAAUGAAGCAGGAAUUCACAAUGGGGACUUUGUUUUUUCCAUUGCAGCCUCUUCUGGCGGGAAGGUUGCGAUCCCAAGUUUAGAAGAGUUGAGAGUGGAAUAUAACACCAUGAAGGAUAUGUGGUCUCAAGCUGAUUUCUUGUCUGGACUGAAAGGCAUUGAGCUAACCUGUUUUUCCAAUGACUCUACACUUUUGCCAUCUUAUUUCUUUCAAAGUUUACCCGAUCUGGAGAAGCUUGUUCUGAGUGAUGCUUCUUUCGAAGAAAUCAUUUUUCAUGAAGAGAUUAUUAGCAAGGAAACACGUGCUGGACUUGUAAAAUUGAAAGAACUAAAGCUGUCUAAGCUGCCAAGGCUCAAGCAUCUGAUGGACGCUAAACUACUCACAGUUUUUCAAUAUCUGGAGACUUUAGAAGUACUGGAAUGUGGCAGACUGGAAAUUUUAGUGCCAUCCUCAGUUUCUUUACAAAAUCUCAAAACACUGGAGGUAUCAAAUUGCCAUGGUCUAGUAAAUCUAAUAUCUUCCUCAACAGCGAGAAGUCUUGAACGACUUAGAAAAAUGAAGAUAGAGGAAUGUGGACUGAUCCAAGAAAUUAUAGUGACUGAAGCAGAUAAAGAUGAAGAAGAGAAGAUUUGCUUCGGUCAACUAAAAUGUUUGGAACUUCAAAAUCUACCAAGCCUCUCUAGCUUCUGCUCUGGUAAUUCUACCUUCAGUUUCCCAUCUUUGGAAGAAGUGAUCAUUAUAGAAUGCCCCAAUAUGAAGAUUUUUGCGCAAGAAGUCUUGAGCGCGCCAAAGCUAUGGAGAGUUCAAACAGGAGAACCUAAAUAUAAAUGGGAAUGGGAAUGGGAAUGGGAAUGGGAAUGGGAUUGGGAAGUGAAAUACCAAAACUUCUCAAAAAAAAAAUAUUUAUGCGAAUGGGAAUGGGAAGGCAGCCUUAAUAACACCAUUCAAUCAUUAUUUGUGGAAAUGAAAGCUAAAGAGACGGGGAUAGGCCAGUGUUCGUAUGCAAAAGCUUGAAUAAGGCUGAUGUUCUAUGAGAUUUGUGACACCGAUUAACUAAUAUUUUUCCAGUUGAAGGUAGUACUAUCAGAAACUCAAACAGCUGAGAGAACCACCACACAGCAAUAUUAUGUAGAGGAUACCCAUCUAAGUCAAACUCAUUUUCAGCUGGUAAUACACCUACCUGCUGCUACAAAAUUGAAGAAAUUUUGACAAAAAAUGCUUUGGCACUAGUGCUCAAGCCUUAAGGGGUUGUAACAAAAUUGGAGGAUGCUUAUUUAGGACACAAGAGAUGGAUACCAAGUCCACCGAAAGUGGAGAAGCUUCAAUCAGUGUAUAAUGCAGCAACUUUAGCAGAUAAGAGAAGGUAGAAACAUUCGAUCAAUGCUUGGUCCGUGAAUGUUGAAUGUCCUUACAGGGAAUAUUCAAGCAGAUCUCCACUGAAUUUUUGUGAGGUGUUUGUUAAGGAUCGUGAUCAAUCUAUGGGCUAGCAGGAAACGGAUAAAACCUGGGUACAAUGUGGGUUUAUACUAAAAGAAUUAGAAGAGCUCGUUGAAGGAUGAAAGAAGAUUACAUAAACAGGAUGGAAGGCUCUGGAGAAGGGACACUGGCAGCAGUAACAAAACAGGGGAAGAGCUGGAAAUGGUUAGCAUGAGUGUUACUCUGUUAGAGGGAAUUAAGGAGGGAAGGCCACCUAGAGAUGCUAACAGAAAAGGGGAUCCAAAUCCAUUAUAUAUAGGGACUGUUUCACUUUCAGCAGCUAAACGAGAGAAGAUUUUUGUUAUUUGGCAGCCGUGGGCUGGGGCUAACUUGGUUAGCAAGUGAAUUAGUUCCUGAGGGAUGCUUGACAACCAUUUCUUUCUCUUUCGUUUCUUUAUUUUUGAGUUGAAUUGAAAUAGCAGAAGUUUGUAAUUGCUAAACUAGAACCAUUCCUUCUUUUACCGAAUAAAUACAAGUUACAUUAGUUUCAU